AUGUUAGAAAAAAAGUUUGCUGACAUUGACAAAAAAUUUGAGAAUGUUUUAAACAAGAACAAGAGGAAGUUAGAAAAUGCUCAGAUAAAGCCUAUACAUGACAAGUUCUUAUUUGCUCAGAAUGGUAUAACAGGUCUAAUUGCACCACCUGGGUCGGGUAAGACUUUCACUUAUCUUAAAAUGGCUGCACAACAACAAGAACUAGAUGAGAAGAACCCAUUCUAUGAGUUAGUUGUUAUUUGUAGUACUUCUGGUCAAUUUGACCAAACCGUCAAUUCGUUCAAAGAUAUUAUAAAGAAGUCUAAGUUAGUAUGUAUAAAGGAUACUGAGUUGUUAGAUUGGAUAAAGAAGUACCAAAGAAGAGUUUUGAAGUAUAAUGCUAUAAAUGAGUAUAUAAAUUCUAAGUUUAAAGACCCUAAUGAGGAAAUGCAGAGAAUAUUAGAGAAGAAACACUUCAGAAACAAA